AUGGCUCGAGCUGGCAUGCGCGGCCCGGCCAGUAGACGCUUCGACGAGUAUUACCGCUGCUAUCCCAUGGUCAUGGCCCCUGGUCCUGAGCGUAGUGAGCUGAACCACGGCUCCAAGAUCCUACUGCCGCCAUCAGCUCUGGACAAGGUUUCCAAGCUCCACGUGCAGUGGCCGCUGCUCAUGGAGCUCAUCAACGGCGAGAAAGGCCGUCACUCACAUGCUGGCGUGCUGGAGUUCGUAGCGGAAGAAGGCAGAGCAUACCUGCCGCAGUGGAUGAUGCAGACGCUCCUGCUCGACGUCGGCGAUAUGAUCCAGAUCAAGACCACCUCGCUUGAGCUGGCCCGCAUGGUCAAGCUCCAGCCCCAGUCCAUAAAAUUCCUCGACAUCAGCGACCCCAAGGCCGUCCUGGAGCGCGCCUUUCGGAACUUCGCCGCUCUCACCAAGGGUGAUGUCUUCAACUUUGAGUAUAACGAUACUGUCUACGACGUCGCGGUUCUAGAGGUCAAGCCCGAGACGGAGAAGAUGGGAGUGUGUAUGAUUGAGACGGAUGUCUCGGUGGACUUUGCGCCCCCGGUCGGUUAUGUCGAGCCUUCGCGGGCGCCAGCAAGCGGUACCAGCACCCCCAGGAGCGGCCGAGGUCUGCCAGCCGGCGGCCUGCUACACAGCCAGGGUACCAUGGCGCAGGCUAUCAACUACGACUCUAUCGCGCCGUCCUCGGCAGCUGCGAGGGUGACCAACUUCUCGGGCGAGGGCAACCGUAUUGGUUCAAAGAAGAGCAGCAAGGCCCCUACGCCGCAGCCAGCCACACCCGUUGCGGGCGUGUCGGCGAAUAGUCGAGACUCCGCUGCUCCUCGCAGGCGCACCAACGGUCCCUUACCACUGCGUCUGCCGCCCAACAAGCUGUUCCUUGGCUACGAGAUCAUACCCUACAAGACCAAGGAGGAGAAGCUGAAGGAGACGGAGAAUGCCAAGCGACCACAUUUUGCAGGCCAGGGACAGACGCUCAGGGGGGUGGUGAAAAAGGCGGGCGAGGCUGAUGAGAAGGAUGGAGCUCCUGCAAAGAAGAAUCCAGAUGCGGGCGGACGUCGUCUCGAUGGCAAGAAGGUGGCCUGA